AUGGCCAACGACCCGUCGACCCCCCCGCGGCGGCCUCAUGUCAACGGCUUAUCGAUGACUGAGUAUUCUUCAAUACCGACGCCCAAGACCGAAAGAGCAGAUGAAAUAGUUAGGGACAGCUGCAGUUCCGUCCCUGAGGAUUAUAUCUUGCCUACGGGUUACCCUGAUUAUCUCCGAUUGAUCCUCACAUCGCGCGUAUACGAUGUCGUCGAAGAGACCCCUUUACAACAUGCUACCAAUCUCAGUAAUCGGUUAGAGUGCAAGGUGCUAUUGAAAAGAGAGGACCUACUGCCUGUUUUCAGUUUCAAGUUGCGAGGGGCAUAUAACAAAAUGGCACAUUUGACUCAGGAACAGCGAUGGAAGGGAGUCAUUGCCUGCUCUGCUGGUAACCAUGCGCAAGGCGUGGCUUAUUCUGCUCGCAAACUCAAGAUUCCGGCCACCAUCGUCAUGCCUUCCGGCACCCCCGCAAUCAAACAUCUUAACGUCUCGCGCCUCGGCGGUUCCGUUGUUCUACAUGGAAGUGACUUUGAUGCCGCCAAAGCCGAAGCUCAUCGAUUGGAAAAGGUGCACAAUUUGACUAACAUCCCGCCUUUUGACGACCCUUACGUUAUCGCCGGUCAAGGAACUGUUGGUAUGGAAAUUGUUCGCCAAGCCAAAUUGCACAACCUCGAAGCAGUAUUUUGUUGCAUUGGAGGCGGUGGACUUAUUGCUGGUGUGGGAGCUUAUAUCAAGCGUAUUGCACCUCAUGUGAAGAUAAUUGGAGUUGAGACAUAUGACGCCAAUGCAAUGGUACAAUCAUUGAAGAAGGGAGAAAGAGUGAUGCUGAAAGACGUCGGUCUCUUUGCGGACGGAGCUGCCGUUAAGUUGGUCGGCGAGGAGACUUUCCGCAUUUGUCAAGACGUUGUUGAUGAUAUUAUUCAAGUGACAACGGACGAAAUCUGCGCGGCUAUCAAGGAUGUUUUCGAAGAUACCCGUUCCAUCCUCGAACCAGCUGGAGCUCUUGCUUUGGCUGGCUUGAAAAAAUACGUUACGGCAAACCCCGACCCCAACCCACAACGAGAGCUCGUAGCCGUCACUUCAGGCGCUAAUAUGGAUUUUGACCGUCUUCGAUUCGUUGCCGAACGCGCUGCACUUGGAGAGAAGAAGGAAGUUCUACUUAGCGUCACCCUUCCCGAGAAGCCUGGUGCAUAUGCUACAUUGAUCGAUAUUGUCACACCUCAUCCAAUCACCGCUUUCAACUACCGUUUUGGUCGUGAAGACAUCGCCAACGUUCUCAUGGGCAUAUCUUUGCCAGCAUCAUUACGGACCAAUGAGCUCCAACGUAUAACUGCGGAGCUCAAGAAAGCCGGCAUGAAGGCUUCAGAUCUCAGCGACGAUGAGCUUGUCAAGACACACAUUCGCUAUCUAGUUGGUGGACCCAGUAAUGUCAAAGACGAACGUGUCUUCAUGUUCCAAUUCCCUGAACGACCAGGCGCAUUGCAACGGUUCCUCGGCCACUUGCGCUCAACCGACAAUGUGACCUUGUUCCAUUACCGAAAUCAUGGAGGAGAUGUCGGCCACGUCUUGGCUGGUAUUCAAUGCGCUCCGUCAGAGAAUGCUGAAUUGACUCGCUUCUUGAACGAGCUCGGGUAUCCCUAUGAGGAGUGCACCAACAAUGCGGCGUAUAAGAUGUUCCUCCGACGUGACUAA